GUGGAGCUCCGUAUCUCUCCUGAUGGAUUUACACGCUGUGUGCUGCAAUCUGCUCCUGCUGACAUGUUCAGGACUGGGCUUUGGCCAACAGUUGAUAUUACCUGAGAGGAUAAAUAAAGCAGUUGGGGAGAAUGUAGUGAUUACUCCAAUCCGUCUUCCUGACCUCCCUCACUACUUAAUCAGAUGGGAGUUUAAUACAACAAGCAUUGUUGUUGGAACUGAUGUACUGCCACCGUACACAGACAGAGUCAGUAUAGACACCACGACUUUAGCUCUGGAGAUCAGGAAUCUGACUGAGAAUGAUACUGGACCGUAUAUUCUGACGAUAAACACUGCUACAACUGUUGUCACCGGUCAAACCUCACUACAGGUGCUUGUUCCAGUCUCCAGUGUUACCAUUGUACCAAGCCAAACAGAGCUGGUUGAGUUUAACAGCACUGUGAGUUUCGUCUGCUCUGCGUCUGGCUCCUUUCUUUCAUUUAUUUGGCUGAAUGGCAGCUCUGAGAUAACAGCAGGGGAGCGAGUUCAGCUAACAGACAACAACAGCAGUCUGACCAUUACCAGUGUGAUCAGAGGUGACACAGGCCCAUACGAGUGUGAAGCAUCCAACAGCAUCAGCAGAAAAAAGAGUCUCCCAUUGAGCCUCAUCAUUUACUAUGGUCCUGAAUAUGUUAAUGCUUCAGCAGAUCCAGUGGGACCCUUCUACAGCUCUGGGUCUAAUCUCAUAUUGACCUGCUCAGCUGUGUCCAGUCCUGCUGCUGAGUUUCAGUGGGCUGUGAAUGGAACAGAGCUUGGUGAAAUGGGCCGAGAGCUCAAUCUGAGCAACAUUCAGAUCAGUCAGAGUGGCAAUUACACCUGCAUAGCCCAUAACAAACAGAGUCUGAGAUACUCUGUGUCUCAACCCAUCAGCAUCACUGUACUAGAUAAAGGGAAUGCAGGUGGAGACUCACUGUCUGCAGGAGCUAUAGCUGGGAUUGUUAUUGGGGUUUUAUUAGGGGUCGCUGGAAUUGCUGGUUUGAUUUUCUACUUUGUGAAAGUAAAAGAAAUGCCAAAAACAAACUCCAGAGGAAAUAACCAGAGUGGAGCAACACAUAAUGCAGGUGGACAUGAUUCAUUCUAUGAAAAUAUGGUCAGUUUCCAAAAUCAGAACCCGGGGGUGAAUGUGGGUGGAUCUGACCCUCACCCUGUUAAGGCUUCAUACUAUGAAAAUACGGUCGGUUUCCAGAAUAAGAACCCUGUGAUGAAUCAGACACCUCACUCUGUUAAUGAAGGAAUAUAUGAAAACCCCUGACAUACAGUUAGGACUCACUCAGGUCUUUGUAAAUAAUGAGGGAGUAAAGAGGACAGACGUCAUCAGCUCUGAGAAGAGUUAGUAAAUGUGUAUAUUUGGCUUCUGAUUGACAGAUGUGAAGAAGAGAAAAAACAUUAUUUGGAUUUCUUAAAUAUUUCUGUAUGAAUGGAAGCUGUCAAAGUCUGUACAUAUAACAGAUCUGAUAGAUGAGAAUGUAUAAAAGAUGAUUAGAUGAUCUUUGUCAUUGUGAUUUAAUGAUUUUUGGGGAAAAAAAUCAUUGUAUUAUUUCUGUAUUCAUUCUUAUUUAUUGUACUUAAAAUAAUGUAUAU